AUGUGGUCGCUCCUCAGGGCACCCCUGGUGCUCCUCGCCUCGAUGGCGGCCAUGACGUCGCCGGCCUCGGCCGAGCAGCUGCUCAUGUCCAACUCGCUCAACAGCUGCCAGCAGGACUCGGGCUUCACCGCCUCGCUCUUCAACGUCAUCUACACGCCCAGCAACAACUCGGCGAGCGUGCAGAUGUCGGUCACGUCGUCGGUGCAGGGCAAGGUCAAGUUCGACCUCAUGAUCUCGGCCUACGGCUACCAGUUCCUGCGCAAGACGCUCGACCCCUGUGACAUGGACCUCGCCGGUCUCUGCCCCAUGGUGGCGGGCAAGAACUCCUUCACCUUCAACCUCAACAUCGCCAAGGACGCGGCCAGCCAGAUCCCCGCCAUCGCCUACGGCAUCCCCGACCUCGACGCGACGGUGCGCGUCUACGUCAACCUGACGUCGACGGGCCAGAGCGUCGCCUGCCUCGAGGCCGACAUCUCCAACGGCAAGACGGUCAACCUGCUCGGCGUCAAGUGGGCCACGGCCAUCAUCGCCGGCCUCGCCCUCGUCUCGUCGGCCGUCGUCAACGGGCUCGGCCACUCCAACGCGGCCGCCCACCUCGCCGCCAACUCGCUCUCGCUCUUCGGCUACUUCCAGGCCCAGGCCAUCGUCGGCCUCACCGCCGUCCACCUGCCGCCCAUCGUCCAGGCCUGGACCCUCGACUUCCAGUGGUCCAUGGGCAUCAUCCGCGUCGAGUUCAUGCAGGACAUCUUCACCUGGUACCAGCGCGCCACGGGCGGCACGCCCUCGCACAUCUUCGACUCGCUCACCACCGUCUCGGUCCAGGUGGCCAAGCGCUCCGUCGAAAUCGCCGCCCGCUCCCUCGAGUACGCCGGCAACGCCGGCCUCAGCCUCUUCAACCGCGGGCUGGCCAUGAUGCCCCGGGCCGCCGUGGCGACGGCCACCAAACUCGUCAAGCGCGGCAACAUCACGACGGGCUCGGGCGCCUACAUCGUCUACGGCAUCCAGCGCGUCGCCUUCCAGACGAGGAUCGAGACGACCAACCUGUUCAUGACGGGCCUCACCUUCUUCUGCCUCUUCGCCGUCUUCACCGUCCUCGCCGUCGCCCUCUUCAAGGGCAUCUGCGAGCUCUGCGCCCGCCAGAAGUGGAUGGACAAGGACAAGUUCCUCGAGUUCCGCAACGGCUGGCGCACCGUCCUCAAGGGCAUCCUCUUCCGCGUCGCCUUCAUCGGCUUCCCCCAGAUGGCCAUCCUCUGCCUCUGGGAGUUCACCCAGGUCGACUCGCCCGCCGAGGUCGUCCUCGCCGUCUUCUUCUUCUUCGGCCUCACCCUCACCCUCGCCUGGGGCGCGAGCAAGGUGAUCCGCAUCGCCCGCCGCUCCGUCGCCAUGCACCGGAACCCGGCCUACAUCCUCUUCUCCGACCCCCAGGCCCUCAACAAGUGGGGCUUCCUCUACAUCCAGUUCCGCGCCUCGGCCUACUACUUCAUCGCCCCCGUCCUCUGCUACAUCCUCGUCAAGGCCAUGUUCGUCGCCCUCGCCCAGAAGAACGGCGUCGCCCAGGCCAUCGGCUUCGUCAUCGUCGAGGUCACGGCCCUCAUCGCCGCCUCGGUCAUGCGCCCCUGGAUGGACAAGCGGACCAACUCGUUCAACAUCGCCAUCUGCGUCAUCAACUUCCUCAACGCCAUCUUCCUCCUCAUCUUCUCCAACGUCUUCGGCGCCCCCGCCAUCGUCAUCGGCGUCGUCGGUGUCGUCCUCUUCGUCCUCAACGCCGCCUUCUCCCUCAUCCUCCUCAUCAUGGUCAUCGUCUCGACGACGGUCACCUUCUUCCGCAAGAACCCCGACGCCCGCUACCAGUUCAUGGCCGACGACCGCGCCUCGUUCAUGAAGUCGCAGACGCAGCUGACGACGACGACGGAGCUCGACGCGCUCGCCGCCACGGCCCGCGGCGACAAGUCGGGCUACAAGUCGCACCUCGACCUCGACGAGGACAACGAGUCGCUCACCUCGGACGACCUGCGCCGGAGGAUGGACUCCAACGCCGGCCACCAGGCUGUGCCCGCUCAGAGCUCGCCGCAGCAAGCCGGAGGCCGCCCCCCAGCCAACCAGGCGAUGCCCCUCUUCGCCGGCGCCGCCGGCCAGCGACCGGAGAGCCCGUUCCGAUCGGCGUCGCCGAGCCCGUACAGCCAUGCGGUACCCCAUCACGCCCAGCAGAGGGCGGCGAACAACGCGAGCCCCGCCGGCUUCCGCCAACAAAACACGUCAAGCCCCUGGCAGCGCGGCGCAGGCUACGACCACUGA